AUGCGCACCGCUACGAAGGCAGAAGUUCCCGGAGAUGCCUCCUACAACAACCACGUCGAGCCCCGGGCCUCCUCUACUCCACCAAAGCUCAUCAGUACCUCAGCAAAGCAGAAGCAGCAGAGCAAGAGCCCUCCAACGCGCAAACGUCCUAGCGGGGCCAACAUCACGCUCAGCGAGGAGCACGCAGGCGCAGCCACACCGGACGCAGCGAUGGCGAACCGCAACAAGCCUUCUCGACCGUCUAAUCCGUACCGGGACACUCUAGGUUGCUUUGGUCCCUCUCCGCGUCAGCCUAGCAAUCUUCAGCCGACCUUGAAGUCGAUGAAGAAGGCACCGUCCACUGAGUCGUCGAGCGACGCCUCACAGCCAACGGACUCGAGCUUUAGCCCUCCAGCCCGAUCUACCCGCCGGCACUCAACUUCUGAGGCCAUGCAACCGACGAGCAGCCCGCAGCAGCAGCCUAGCCAGCCCGUACCUGGUACUGCAGCUAUUGAUUCACCAUCGAGACUGCUCCCAGAACCUCCGCAGAAAAUUGAUAGUUCCGAGCACUCAAGCAACGCUACGGAAAUGCCGUCGGACUCUGAAUCGCCACAAGUGUCAUCUCAUCAUCCCCACAGACAUGUACACCCGAAUGCUAGGGCAAUGAGGUCAGCGACGAGCCCACUGCACCAACCCUCCCGUCCUGCAAACCAUGGACCUAGGCGACCUACAACGGGAAGGACGCAGCCAGUGUAUAGAUCAUCGGCUUCUGCGCCUCGACGAGCUCAGACCACAGAGCCAUCGCGUCCAGCCUUUCAGCCGUCGGGCUCUCCCUCUCCAAUGAGGAAUACAUCAGGGAGACACCAAAAUGGAGCUUUGAUUCAAGGGGACAAGUCCUGGAUGGAUCUACCAGAGUGCUCUGUUUUCAUCUCAAAUUUGCCCGAAAGCUACACAACACUCGACGUGUACAAGCUGCUGGAGAACGAAGGAUCUAUUUCGAAAAUCAGGAUCAGGGGCAGUCGCAUGAAACCUAAUGCGUCCGUUGAUUUCUGCCCACCGCCCAAGAAAGCGUUCUGGGACUUUCCUGUGCGUCUGCCCGGAUCAGAUGCAUCUGUACGAGUGCAACUCAACGCUCCUAAUCGUAGCUAUCUAAUCGCAAGCCCGAUCAACCCGGAAAAGAAAUACCCAGAGCGAUUUACUCUAAAUGCGAGCAGGCUAGACUUUGGCUUCAUGUAUGACGCAAAGUCUAUGAUGGCUAUGGCGAAGAUGGUUCCGGCAGGUGAACGCAGAAUAGAAAUGGCGCUAAACCUCUCCCGAAAAGAAAUCGAUGUUCAAUUUUAUGUUGAGCUGAGAUAUUCAACAUCAACCAGCCAGACUCUUCAUCAUAAGUACCGAUUUCGAUUGCCAUUCGCUCAGCUUCAGCGAAUAUACGAGGUUAGACUUCCGGGGAGCAUGAGAUGCGAAUUGGUCAUCCCCUUUGAGAUGCCGCCAGCGUUCUUCAAACAAACGAACAAUAUUCCUUUGACCCACCAAGGAGACGUCAUGUUUUGGAGCGAAUGGCAAACUUGGUACCGCCAAACCAAUAUUCUGCACCGUUGGGGUAACAAAGAUGUUGAGAGGAAUGCAAUUGACCUGCGUAACCGGAACGCAGUCAUCGAUUUUGGCCGCUGGACAAUUUAUCGCUUUGUGUUUGAUGCCGCGAAGAACAUCGCCAGUACGAAAGAAUACUCGGUGUUGCGAGAGGUUCUUGACGAUCACAACAUCCCAACUGUUCCGCUUGAGCAAUUCGAGGUCAGAGAGAGGGUUGAAGCAGACUUCUGGGACCUCUUGGAUGGUGCAUACCACAAGUCACUCCACGAUCAAUCCCAGUUUGGAAGCCUCAAUUCAUCCACGAUUUCGUUGGAGUUCUCCGUGAGGUACCAGCUUCAGGUCUGCCUGUCCCAUGGAUGGCUCAAUGAACACAAUAUCACGAGAGAAUUCCUCACGAAACUAUCAGCCAUGGACCCUUCCAAUGCUCGAUACAUCUUGGAAAAGACGGCAGACAAACAAUGCCGAACUUGGGAUCCUAUGGAAAUUUUCAAGAUACCUGUCAAGGACUCUGGCAAGAUCAGACUUCCAAAGUAUUGCGUCUAUGCUAGAUCAGCGACGAUCACUCCCUCCAUGCUCUAUAUCAAUACGCCGACUACUGAGAUUUCAAACCGGGUCGUCAGAUACGGAUCCGAGUUACAAGAUCGGUUUCUCCGAGUCAAAUUUACUGACGAAAAAGUUGAAGGUAGAAUUAACAGCCAAGAUGACGAUAGAUUCGAGGAAGUUUUCCGGCGAAUCAAGCAAGCCAUGACUGAAGGGAUCAUCGUAGGGGAUCGCCACUAUCUGUUUCUCGCCUUUGGCAAUUCUCAAUUCCGAGAGCAUGGCGCAUACUUCUUCGCACCCCUAGAGGGAAGUGAGACCUCAACUCGCUGUACUGUAGAAGACCUCAGAGAAUGGAUGGGCGACUUCCGUCCUAUCAAGUCGAUCUCCAAGUACGCUGCCAGACUUGGUCAAUGUUUCUCGACUAGUCGAGCCAUUACAGCUGGCAGGAACGUGAACAUCGUAGAAAUUCAAGACAUCAAGAAUGGUGAUUACUGUUUCACGGACGGAGUGGGCAAGAUCUCCUCGUUCCUUGCCCUCAUGGUUGCUCACGAAUUUGGACUCCCUGGGGAUUCGGAUGACCACCCAUCCCUGGUCCAGUUUCGACUUGGAGGAUGCAAAGGUGUACUCGCAGUCUCACCGGAGGUCAAGGCAUACGAUAUUAUGAUCCGACCGAGCCAGAAGAAGUUCGACGCUACACAUCAGGGCCUCGAGAUUAUCCGGAUUUCAUCAUUUGCGACAGCCUGCUUGAAUCGUCAGCUCAUUAUCGUGCUUUCUACUCUUGGAGUGCCGGAUCGGAUCUUCACCGACAUGCAAAAGAAGAUGUUGGCUGAGCUCAGCCGAGCCAUGGUCGAUCCGAAUAUUGCAGUGGAAAAGCUGAGGCGGAACAUCGACUUGAACCAAAUGAGCUUGACCCUGGCUGGAAUGAUUGCGGAUGGAUUCAUGGAAAUGAAGGAUCCAUUCAUGAUGUCCGUGCUCCACUUGUGGCGCUCCUACACCAUAAAGUAUCUGAAGGAAAAAGCGAGGAUAGUCGUUGAGGACGGUGCAUUCUUGCUUGGUUGUACCGAUGAGACUGCUACACUGAGGGGUCACUACAGCAAACCCCAGGACCAGUAUGAUGCCACCAGGCAGGAAAAAUUGGCGACUCUUCCAGAGAUAUUUCUACAGAUUUCCGACCAGGACAAGAAGGGGUCCUACAAAAUCAUCGAAGGUCUCUGUAUCCUGGCUAGAAACCCAUCGCUUCAUCCGGGAGAUAUUCGUAUCGUCAGGGCCAUAAACGUCCCAGCACUUCGCCACCUGAAAAAUGUUGUGGUACUUCCACAGACCGGAGACCGUGACAUUGCCAACAUGUGCUCUGGGGGAGAUUUGGAUGGCGACGAUUAUUUGGUCAUUUGGGACCAGGAUCUGAUUCCGAAGUUUACCAUCAACAACCCGGCGAUGAACUACGAGACAGAGCCGACGAGGGAAGUCAGCGGUGAUGUGUCCAUUGCCCAGGUCAUUGACUUUUACAUCCAAUAUAUGAAAAAUGACAGUCUCGGACAGAUCGCGAACGCUCAUCUCGCUACUGCGGACAGGAGCCCUAACGGCGUCCUCGACGAAAACUGCUUGAAACUGGCAGCGCUACAUUCUCGUGCGGUUGAUUUCCCAAAGAGUGGCAAUCCCGCAGUCAUGGGCAAGCAACUGAAACCCUUGAUGUAUCCCCACUUUAUGGAGAGCAAAUACCGUGCCAAAGAUCGAAUCUACACGUCGAACAAAAUACUGGGGCAACUAUAUGACCAAGUCGAACGAGCAAACUUCACUCCGCUAUACGACAACCCGUUCGAUAGCCGGAUUCUUGAUGCAUAUCAGUUGGACCAGGGCACUCUGAGCAGCGCGGCAAGAAUCAAAGAGCUCUACGAUGCAGAUAUCCGUCGUGUUCAGGCUCAACACGGGAUCAAGACGGAGUUUGAAGUCUGGACUACGUUCGUGCUAGAGCACAAUCUUGAGUCCAGAGACUAUUCUUUCGCGGAAGAACUGGGCCGCAUUAGCAGUGGGCUAAAGAAAAAGUUCCAGGACAUGUGCAUAGAAGCGGCCGGCGCAACAAGCAUCAACGAUAUGCAAAACCUGAAGCCGUUUAUUGUUGCUAUGUACAAGGUUACCGCCCAAGAGAUGGCUACAGCACUAGAAGAAUGUGACAGUACCAAGCUGGUUGCAGGCCGGGAAACGUCUAUGAGAGACAAGACUAUUCAGCAUAUGCCGCUCAUGAGCUUCCCUUGGAUAUUCGUCAGCCAACUGGGAGAGAUUGCGAAUCCUACCGUCAUUAGAGCAGCACCAGCAGCCGAUCAAGGACCUCGACACCGCACGAAGAAGCAGUCUUCUCUUCUUUCUGACCUCCACGCUGCCCCAGGCGCGGUUCAGACCAAGGCUGGGAUCAUUCAGCCGGGAAAGAUGCUUGUGCUUUUCGACGACAAACCUGAGAGUCAUCAAGACGGAUCUAGUAACCCUGAAGCUAGCGAUCAUGCUGCUAUGAUUGAGCGAGGCAUCCAAGGCCCUGCCCUAGAGAUGCAACAAUCGACGAACGUGAGUGCACAGACUUCUGGCAAGGCAAGCCCGGUGGGUCAGCCAUCGGCCAGCCACAUUAUGAACAGUAUCAAACAUCAUCAAGCGACCUCAAACGACGCCAAGCCUGUGAUCUCGCCAUCUAUUUCCGUUUCGAGAGCCUUUCCUGGAGCGGCCUCAGAUCAUGUCGAGCCCCUAGAUAAAAAACAGUCUACGCCUGCGUUGGCUACCACAACAUCACUGGAAUCAACUCAUUCCAUAUCUGAGGAAGAGGACGAAGACGCAAACGAGGGCGAGGAGAUACAUAUCGAGAUGGACGACAAGCCCACGGCUUUGGAGGCUUUGAACAAUUUGUUCACUGAGGACUAGGGGGCCGGCCGGAUACGAAUAAGCCUUUGAUCAAAAUCUUCUCAGUAGACAGGUUAUGGAGCUGGAAAAAUGCUUUUCGUUGAGGAUAUUGGGAAAAACCUUAUGGACAAAGGUUUGUCGCGUUUCUCAACAGAGUCGGGUGAUUUCUUUGCGUAUCUCGGGACUGGUUUGCUACGGUUUCCUGCGACCACGAGUAACGAACGGGAUGGAAUGGGUUUAUGAUUUUGGAGCCCGCGGACGUGGGAUUAUGGCAAAAGCUUUCCGAUGAAGUCUCGAGUCCUUCAGGCUUGACGCAGAUCGAAAAUUCAUGUUCACGAGUAGUUUCGGGAGGUAGAUAAACUUUCUUCGAGGGAUGUCAAUCCUUCGGAGUUUAUUGAGAAAAUGAUAGAAAAAAGUAGAAAAGCCCUGGUCUCUGGUGCUUUGCUGUGAAAAAUGUAAUCCUGCC